AUUGCAAUUAAUGAUAUACAAUGGAACUUGACUUGAAUUGGAUUUGUUGGUUCCUAUAUUUAUAGUGAACAGUUUAAGAGAGAUUGUUGUUAUGUUGGGUUUUCUUUAAAAUGAAGGUCAUCCUUUUCGGCCACUUCAAAUUUGAUUCAAACGUGACCUAACUUGAUGAAUUCCACUUAGUCAUUGUGAGGUAUAACUUCUCUAAUAAAUAAAGUGAAAGUUCCUUGUUUGGCUCAUACACUUUAAGUUCCAUGAAGAGGGGGGAAAGUGAUUUAUGUUGUCAUAAUAUUGUUAAAUUAAUCAUGCAUUGUUACUUCCAGUCCAAUGUUUGUCUAGGCUGGAUUGGACAUGCUAUUGGAUCAAGAAUUUAUUUUGAUGGCGGAAUAUCAACGCUAUGUUUGGCAUGUUUAGCUGAUAAGCUAGCUGAAAGCUUAUAAGCUAGCUGAUAGCUGAAAGCUGAUAAGCUAGCUGAAAACUGAUAACUGAAAACUGAAAAGCUACAUGAUUAAAACAAAAGUGUUUGGAAAAACUAGCUGUUAAACAAGCUGAAAUUGUAAAAUGACAUAAAAGGACAUACGUGUAUAAUUAUUUUUAUAUUUAACAUUACUUUAUUUUCACAUUAAUAUCUAUAUGAUAUUAAUAUUAAAAUUAAUAUCACUUUAAAUAUUUUUAUUAACUCAAGUUAUUUAUCAUCUUAAUAUAAUAUUUUUAAUACUUGUGGUGCGCAGCGGUGUGGCGGGAACUGCAUACGUAAGUGUGAUGAAAAAUAGGUUUAGUGUUUUUAUAAAUAUAUAAGGGUAAUAGUAGAAUUUUAAUAAAUUAAUAAGGAUAAAAAUGAGAAUAAAUUUAAUAAGCUAUAAGCUUUAAGCUAUAAGCUACCUGAGAUAGCUUAUAGCUUAAAGCUUUAAGCUACUAAAAUAAGCUCCUUCACCAAACACUUUUGAAGAGCUUUUAAGCUAGUCAAAUAAACUUUAAGCUAGUCAAAUAAGCUAUAAGCUAGCUGAAAUGACAUGUCAAACAUAGCCCAAGUUUGUAAGUAUUAACCGUAGAUUUAUAUCCUCCACAAAAUUAUGUUUUUUAUUAGCUUAAAUAUAAAUCGGGUAAAAUGUAAUAUUUGAGUCAAUCUUAACUUUGAAGUAUGGUAUCAUAUAAGAAAACUUCAACAUAAUUGAAUAUAUUUUACUGUAAGAAAAAUGUUAACAAUUCUCUCUAUUUAAUUAAUUAAUUACAUGUAAUUGUUAGGUUCAUUAAAAUAUGAGUCUCACUUCCAACUUAGUAGAACUCACAUAAAUUUCAACCAAUUAAUGAGAAAGUGUUGAAAAAAAAGUGUUGCUAGUCUGCGCUUCUUCCAAAUGCAAUUAAGCCUUAAAAAAUAUAAUCCAAAAUAAUUUCAUAUUAGCUUUAAAAAAAACAAAAUAUUUUUAGAACUUGUAAUUUUCAUUUUCUUGUUUUUCUUUAACAAUCUUGAGGUGGCAUGGUCUAACACUGAACACGUACUUACAUAGUUACAUUCACAACUCAAACCUGGGACACAGUCACACAGGGUGUUGUCAUCGUUUCAAUCAAACAGAAACACACUUUCAGUUCAUACUCUCUCUCUCUCCACUUUCAUAUUCACAAAUCCUCACAAAAAUGAGAGCUUGUGCCACUGCUGCUAUGGUGGCAUUGCAUAGAACUCUGAGAAAUGCAUUACAUUCUUUUUCUGCUCCAUCUUCUUAUGCCCUUUUUGGCCCCAAUCUCCCUGAUGUUUGGAUUCCCAGAGAGAACACUUCUCCUCAUACCCAUUUCCCUGAAACUUUCCAGUGGUCUAAUGGUAAUGGCCAUAAUAAUGCUGCAAUUCUUGAAGGCAAACCAAUUGCCAAAGACAUAAAGUUUGAAGUAGCUGAGGACAUAAGGAGGAUGAGGAGUGGAAUUGGGAAGUUUCCAAGGUUGGCUGUGGUUUUUGUAGGAGAUAGGAGUGACUCUCACACUUUCAUCAACAUUAAGUUGAAAGCUUGUGAUCAAGUUGGCAUUGAAACAGUGGUUGCCCAGUUUCCAGAAAACUGCACUGAAAAUGAAUUGCUUGAUGCUGUUUCCAGUUUCAGUGAUGACCCGGGUGUACAUGGCAUUGUUGUGCAACUUCCUCUGCCUCAACAUUUGGAAGAGGAAAAGAUUAUCAAUGUUGUGAGUCCUGAAAAAGAUGUGGAUGGCUUUCAUCCCACAAAUAUGGGAAAUCUUGCCAAAAGAGGAAGAAAACCCUUCUUCGUCCCUUGUGCCCCCAAGGGCUGCAUUGAGUUGUUGCUUAGGCAUGGUGUGGAGAUCACAGGGAAAAGAGCAGUAGUAAUUGGAAGGAGUAAAAUUGGGGGGUUACCCACUUCCUUGCUAUUGCAGAGGCACAAUGCAACAGUCAGCAUGUUACAUGCAUACACAAAGAACGCUGAACAAAUAACUUCUGAAGCAGAUAUUGUGGUAGCAGAUGUUGGAAUUCCCAACCUUGUUCGUGGCAAUUGGCUAAAGCAAGCAGCUGUGGUGAUUGACAUGGGAGCAAAUCAAGUUAAGGACCCCCAUGGCCAAGGCUUCCGCAUCACAGGAGAUGUCUGCUUUGAAGAGGCAGUCAAGGUGGCAUCAGCCAUUACCCCUGUUCCUGGAGGUGUGGGACCAAUUGCUAUAUCAAUGCUCCUCUCCAAUACCCUUGAUUCUGCGAAACGUGCAUUUGGAAUAGUUUGAAUAAAUUGGUCGUCUCUGAACAUGAAAUGUGUGUGCCCAUUGCCAUGCUAUACAACUGUUGCUUUGGUUUUCAGCACAGGUUCCUCUUCAAAGGAUUUUGAAGGGCUUAAAGUUCGCAAUCCCUUAUAAUCGUCAGGCCUAUGGCUAGUAGUGUCCUUUGGUUUCUGAGAUGGAGAAGUAUCUUUCUGGG